AUGAGGUCAGUGAGGACCUUAGUAUCCCAAGGCCAUUUGCUCCCAGUGCUGGUCCUGGCGUUGCUCCUGGUUGACUCCCUCGGCGAGGAUUUAAAUUUUCUCCCGAAGUGGGUGUUUGACUCAUCUGAAAUCACCAUCCCCAGAAAGCUGAGCUUCCGGGGAGGGAAGCAGGGCACGACCAAACGCAUGUCCUACCUCCUGCAGGUACAAGGCAAGAAGCAUGUCGUCCACCUGUGGCCCAAGAGGUUUCUGUUGCCCCGACACCUGAAGGUUUUCUCCUACACAGAAGAGGGGGAGCUCGUGGAGGAUCACCCUUACAUACCCAGGGACUGCAACUAUGUGGGCGUGGUGGAAGGAGCUGAGGAUUCUGAAGCUACUCUCAGUACAUGCGCGGGGGGUCUCCGAGGCAUAUUGAAAAUUGAUGCCAAAUAUUACCAAAUCGAGCCCCUCAAGGCCUCUCCAAGUUUUGAACAUGCCCUAUAUCUCCUGAAGAACGAGGGGGGGUUUCAGGAUCAGCUCUGUGGCGUCACUGGUGAUGAAACAGAAGAGCAGAUGGCCCAGCCUGACAUCAUGGCUCGGUAUAGUGACUACACUGGACCCUCGAUGCACCAAAAAUAUUACGAAUUAGGCCUGAUCUUUGAUCAUGAGAGAUUUGAGUUUUCAAAUUCCAAUAUUACCGAUAUCACAAAUGAUGCCAUUCUUCUGACUUCGAUUGUCGAUACCUACCUUCAGGAAGUCCGUACGAGAGUACAACUGCGUGCACUUGAAGUAUGGUCAGAUCAAGACAGAGUGAAUAUUAAUUUUCCGACAUUGCAGCAAGCUCUAGGCCAAUUUUUGAUAUACCAAAGAAAUAUACUAAGUCGACAGUUUAAAGUAGAUUGGUCACAACUAUUCAUCAAAAGGCAUUACAUUGAUGCUCUUGCAUGGUCCUGGGGAAUCGUGUGCACUGAGAGGUAUGCAGGAUCUGUAUCUGUUUUUCUAGACACAAGCAUCCUUGGACCUGCCACUUGGACCGCUCAUAAUCUGGGCCAUAGUUUGGGAAUGAGCCAUGAUGGGCCAUUGUGCAGGUGUAGGGGUCGGCGGAGUUGCAUCAUGGGCACUGGACGACAUGGGUUUAGCAAUUGUAGUAUUAUUCAGUUUUUCAACCACGUUCAUAAAGAAGCAAACUGUCUAAAUAAUAUCCCGGGAGAAGAUUAUGUGGUGAAGAGGUGCGGAAACAAAAUUGUGGAAGACGAGGAGGAGUGUGACUGUGGUUCCUUAGAGGACUGUGAAGACGACCUUUGCUGUGAACCAGGUUGCAGGCUCAGACCGGGUGCCAAUUGUAGCUUUGGACUUUGCUGCUCUGAAUGUCAGUUUCGUCCAUCGGGAUAUAUGUGUCGGAAGGAAGAAACCGAAUGCGACCUUGCAGAGUACUGCGACGGGACCUCCAGUUUCUGCCCAAAUGACACGUAUAAGCAGGAUGGCACCCCGUGCAAAUACAGCGCCCGUUGUUUCCAGAAGGGGUGUCAUUCUGCAUAUAUGCAGUGCCAAAGCAUUUUUGGAUCUGAUGCCAGGGAGGCUCCCACUCAGUGCUUUGAAACAGUUAAUUCAAUAGGGGAUCAAUAUGGGAACUGUGGGAUGAUAGGAGCUGGUAACUAUAAAAAGUGUACUAAGAGAAACACGGUAUGUGGCAGGGUGCAGUGUAUCAACGUCGAAACCCUCCCUGACAUGCCAGAGCACACGAGCAUCAUUUCUACUCAUCUGGAGGAUGAAAAUCUGAUGUGCUGGGGCCUAGGCUAUCGUCUGUCCUUGGUCCCCAUGGGGAUCCCUGACCGGGGUGUGGUCUAUGACGGCACCUCCUGUGGCACGGACCGGAUAUGUGUGAACACAACUUGUUAUAAUGUUUCAAUCCUGCGCUUUGACUGUGAGCCUGAGAAGUGCAACCACAGAGGCUAUUGCAACAAUAACAGGAACUGCCACUGCAUGUACGGCUGGGCGCCUCCGCUCUGUGAGGAGCAAGGGUACGGAGGGAGCAUUGACAGCGGGCCGCCGGGAGAGAUUCCGGAGGAGGUGUCCGCCACUGUCCAGGUCGUGUCCCUUAUGUUAUCUCGCAUUGCUUUAUUAGUCAUCUCCGUGGUUAUCGUGUUUUUCAGGCGAUUGAUAGGAAGCUAUUUAAGUUCCAAAGAGAUAAAACCCGAAGAAGGCACCUCCUUCUCCAAGGACCACAAGUCCACUGUCCACCACCCCAGCAUCCUCUCAUCUUAG